CGGGCAGGUUGUUGGUGCCGGCCCCAGCAGCCGCGCGGCGGAGAGCGCUGAGCCCCGCUGCUAGAGAAGCAGGAUUUCUGGAAAGCUUCUGGUCCAGAGUUUGUGCUGGAUUUCUGAAAAAUGGAUCGGAAUCCUUCACCCCCUUCUAGUGAUGCUGAGGACGAGCAGGCUGCAGGCGAUUCCAUUGGGAACACAGUCUACAGCAAGCAUUGGCUGUUCAGUACCCUUACAAAACUGAUUGAGGUCAUUAGCCCUGAAAAGAGUGAUUCCAACUCGAACUGUGAGGAAGUGCAGACAGAGCUAGAUGAAGAAAUGGAGCAUGACAUUUGUAAAAUGUGGGACAUGUCAAUGGACGAGGAUGUCGCAUUAUUUCUCCAAGAAUUUAAUGCCCCUGAUAUAUUUAUGGGAGUGUUUGCCAAGUCUAAGUGUCCUCGACUUAUUGAAAUCUGUGUGGGAAUAUUGGGUAAUAUGGCCUGUUUCCAAGACAUAUGCAUGUCUAUUAGUAAAGAUGACAAUCUUGGACAAAUGUUAUUGCAACAUUUAUGUGAUUCGGACUCUCCUACUCUGCUGGAAACAAGCAGGUUGUUGUUAACUUGCCUCUCCCAAGCUGAGGUGGCCAACAUCUGGGUUGAAAGAAUCCGAGAAAACCCAUCCGUGUAUGACUGUGUUUGUUUUAUCAUGUCAAGCUCUACAAAUGUUGAACUGCUGGUUAAAGUGGGCGAGGUGGUGGACAAGCUCUUUGAUCUGGAUGAAGAACUAAUGUUAAAUUGGAUUAAAAAUGGCUCUUGUCAAUCAGUGGGACAGUCUACAGAUGAUUCCCCAGAAGAACGUCCAGAUUUUAAGAUUGUACCUUGUGUACUUGAAGCAGCAAAACAAGUCCGCUCAGAUAAUCCAGAGGGGCUUGAUGUUUAUAUGCAUAUCUUGCAGCUCCUAACCACAGUGGAUGAGGGCAUUCAGGCUAUUGUGCAGUCUCCUGAUGGAGGAAAAGAGACUUGGACUUUACUUUAUGGUCUGGUUUGCCAUGAACUUUGCCAGCCAGAUGAUCCACCGAUCAUCAUUCAAGAGCAGAAGAGUGUAUUGGCCUCUAUUUUGUCUGUACUGUCUGCCAUGUUUGCUUCACAGAUACAACAGGAAUAUGUCAAGAGGAGAAAAAUAGAUAUGCCUCUGAUUGGGAGCUUGAUUCGAAUCUUACAAAACAUGGAGGACUGUGGGAAGAGAUCUUUUGAUAACUCAAAGAAAUCCCAACCAGAGGAGACUGAGAAGUUGGGAACAGUUGAGGAAGACUUCCAUCUGAAAAUCUUGAAGGAUAUCUGUUGUGAAUUGCUUUCCAAUAUGCUUCAAGAAUUGUCUAAGGAAAACAUAUUGGAGGGAUUGAACCAGGGGCAUCUAAAUGAACAAAAAUGCUCCUGUGCGUUUCAGAAUCUUUUACCACUAUAUUUCACUUCUGUGGAAAGUUUCCUUGAAACGCUGCGUGAGGCUGAUCAGACGCUUGCUGACAGUCUAGAAAAACGUUUCCCAAGCCUGAGGCUCCAGACAUAAGAAAGUACAUGGAAUAUUUUCUUCCUAUGGAAUGAGGAUUUUGACUGUUUCUUUACAGUAUUUUAGAAAUCAACAUGUCAGUAAACUCAGAAGUAUGAGUUUAACCCCCUUACCUACAGAUGGUAUUUAAGAAAUUUCACAGAUAUUCCUGGUUAAUCUUGGAUUAACCUGAUCUGGGAUGGGGAAGGAAAUAAACUCACUUGAAGUCAGUUCUUCAUCCUGCAGUCUUGUCGGCUUUUGUUAUCAGAGGCUUUUGAUUUCUAGCUGCUUAUUUGGUACACAAAGCAGAACUGUAAAUAUACUUUUGUGUUUUAAUAACCUGUGAGCUUCUGCUUUUCAUCUAUUGAAACAAUGAAAUGUACUGAAUCUUUUAAAAUGCUACUGACUCUUUUAAAUUGUUCUUGGUAGGAAGGUUAGUCAAUAAGAAAUCUUAAAUAUCUUCUAGCUAAGCAAUCAUUAAUUUCUUCAAUCACCUCAGAAAAGCAGUUCUAUCACACUGAUAAAUGACUUGCUUUGUUUUGGAAGAUGUCAGUAGUGUGUGCAGAUGUUAUAGCAGAAAUGUUCCAACAUAGUCCACUACGAUGUCUGUACAUCUAAUUUCUAAGCCCCUUGCACUAUGGGGCAAUCUAGGGAAUCUAGC